AUGAUGACUAUGCCUCCUUCGGCACAUACACUGGCUGCAAGUAUGAUGACAGCAAUGCCAACAAAACCUAAAAUUGGAUUCUCAAUUGAUUCGAUUGUCGGUAAUCGACAUCAGCACAAUAAAUCGCCAUUAAAUUUUUCACAAAAUGAUAGUGAAGGUUCAGAGGCGCCAUUAAGUCCAUUAAGUGAUUAUGGAUAUCAACAUAGUAAUAAUUCACCGAAACACAAUAGCGAUAUUGCAGCGGCAAUAAAAUUAAAUGAAUAUGCACAAUUAGAAUUAAGAAAUAAAAUUAAGAGAUCAUUGAGCACAUCACCGCCGGUAUCACAUCAUCAUCAUCAUAAUCAUCAUCAUAACAGUCAUGAAAAAAGUAUGGAAAAUGAUAUUCAACGUCAUGAAAUCCAAAAACAAAUGGAAUCACAAACGCGCUUGUCAGAUGACCGUCGAUCACAAUCACCACAAUCGCAAUCAACACCACCGCCAACUUCACAAUCACAUCAACACUCGCACAUGCAAAAGCAACCAAUUAUUGUACCAGGAAUUCCAGCCAGUAUUUUAAGAAAUAACAUGUCUCAUGGACAAUUGCCACCGACUAUUCCACCAGAAAUGAUGGCUGCUCAGAACCCGUUUUUUCGGCUGGGAUUUCAACUAGGCGCACUUCCUCAACAUUUGCCGCCACAAUUUCACAAUCCGAAUAUUCCCCGCGAUAGUUAUCCAUUAUAUCCAUGGCUUCUUAGUCGACACGGACGAAUAUUUCCCCAUCGAUUUCCUGGAAACUUCCUCCUGCAUCCUUUCCGUAAGCCAAAACGAGUGCGCACAGCUUUCUCACCGACACAACUACUCAAAUUGGAACAUGCAUUUGAGAAUAAUCAAUAUGUUGUUGGAGCUGAGCGGAAAACAUUAGCACAGCAAUUAAGCUUAACUGAAACUCAGGUCAAAGUGUGGUUCCAAAAUCGCCGCACGAAAUUUAAACGCACACAGCAAGAAGAAGGUGAUUCAAAAUCAGGCGGUGGUGGUAAUCAUAGUAGUCGAUCCGAUAAUUGUGAAGAUGAAGAUGAAUUAAUCGAUAUGGAUGAUUGUAUGUCGGGCGAUGAAGAUAUGUAAAUUAAGUAUAUAUAGAUUAACUAUUAUUUAAAGGAAUAUUCAUGAAGGAAAAGAUGCUCGGUGUGAAGAUAUUUUUGGUACGAUGUUGUGCUGGUGUUCAAUAUUGAUUGAAUCAUUACUGACUGAGAAUUAUUUACCAUAGAUCAGUCAAUACAGUUGAAAUUCAUUAAUUCAACACCAAAAGCAUUUCCACAUCGAACAAAUUCACCUUCAAAAAAUCUCAAAAACACUUUUUAAGAAAUCAUUAAUGCUUAAAAAAUUAGAUAUGUAUUGUCUAUCUAAUUAAAUGUUUAUAUGAGUAUGAAAAGGUCCUAGUAUUAAGAAAAACUGUAUAAAGUAAAUAAAAUGUUUAAGAAAAUAAUUUUAUCGUAUUAAUAUAAUUAAAUAUCCUAUCCAACAACUAUGAAAAUGAUGAUUUUUAUCUAAAAACACAUGAAAAUUGACUGUAAUUAAGUACAAAGGAAGAU